UCACACCCGUAUGAACAAAUCACUCGCUGCUGUUCCACCCCCAUACGAAGCGAAUUCGAGAGGGGAUUCUUGGCUCGCUAGAGCAGCAGGUAAGGAUCCAGCUCGCAGUUUUACGCGGGCUAUCAAGAGUAUCAGUACUUCCGAAAUAUAAAAUAAUCGUAAUUGUUGUAAUUGCGCACAAAAAAUAUUAGAAAUUUGCUACAAGCAUCAUAUCGUUCAAAUAUCGCGAGUUUGUGUCUUUCAGUUUUAUUCGAAGCAACAAGGAUAAAUUAUUGUCAGAAUUAUCGAAGCUUCGUUAUGGCAAAUGAUAAUGCGACUGUCGCGGACUCCCAGAAAAAAUCCAUAGAUCUCGCGAAGAACGAAUUGCGCGCAAUAUUGGGAAAAAUGAACGAGCUGAGGCUUUCAAUUAAAGCAUGGAGAUUGCUUCGAGUUCAUUCGCGAUUAAAACCAACGAAACCAAUGAAGCUUCGCGCGAGGCACCUGUGGAUUUUGUUGAUCAUAUGGAUAGCGAUGCAAGUCGCUCGCAAUCGCGUUCAAACAUAUCGACAUAAUAAGUGCUUGAUAACGGUGCCCUGGUUUACGCAAAAAGUUUUCCGACCGCCGGAAGAUUGUUCGAUCUGCCAGGACGUUCAACAGGUUGACAAGCUUUCCGCUGUUGAUCCAACGAUCUUCGAACAACGCUACGCAUAUUCAGGGAAACCAGUGGUUAUAAGCGACGCCAUGGCAAACUGGACAGCGUCUAAAGUCUUUUCUUUCUCGUUUUUUAAAACACUAUAUUAUGGAGAGGAAGCAAAUUGCCAAUUUUUCCCGUACAAGACGGAAUUUCAGAAUCUGCAGGAUGUCUUCGACAUGAACGAUAGUCGAGCCACAAUGGAAAAGGGCACAAAGCCCUGGUAUGUCGGAUGGAGCAACUGCGAUGAAAAAAUUGGCGCAAUAUUGCGUCAGCAUUAUCAAAGACCAUAUUUUCUUCCCGCCACCGCCGAAAGCGAGAAGACAGACUGGAUUUUUAUGGGGAGCUAUGGCUAUGGUGCACCGAUGCAUGUGGAUGAUGUGGAGCAUCCUUCUUGGCAAGCACAGAUAAAGGGUGAAAAAUUGUGGAUUUUAGCACCACCGAGAGAAUGUCACUAUACUUGUAAGAAACUGGAAGUGGUUGUGCAUCCCGGAGAAAUAAUUGUUCUGGAUACGAAUCGAUGGUAUCACCAGACGAAAAUUGUUUCCAAAGAUAUGAGCAUCACCAUCGGUGCUGAAUAUGAUUAAUUAUACGAUUCAUUCAUUUCAUGAUGACAAUUGACAAGUAGUUUGACAAUAAGGAAAUAUAAUAAAUUUUUAAU